AUGCCGGCCCUGCUGUUCCUCGGGACCCUGGUGCUCCUGGCCUCCGCCUCGGGUCAGGCCGGGGCGCGCCCGUCCAACGCCACUGGCGCCGAGCCGCCGGGCCCGCUGCCCGCGCUGCUGGCGCACCUGCGACGCCUGACCGGGGCGCUGACAGGUGGCGGCGGGGCCGCGGCCGCGACGGGUGUCAAUGGCACAAGGAGCAGCCCCGCGGGCAGCCCCGGCGCAGCGGCCCGGGCGCCGCCUCCAGCCGAGCUGUGCCACGGCUACUACGACGUCAUGGGCCAGUACGACGCCACCUUCAACUGCAGCACCGGCUCCUACCGCUUCUGCUGCGGCACCUGCCACUACCGCUUCUGCUGCGAGCACCGCCACAUGCGCCUGGCGCAGGCCUCCUGCUCAAACUACGACACGCCGCGCUGGGCCACCACGCCGCCGCCGCUAGCCGGGGGCGCCGGGGGCGUUGGGGGUGCGGGUGGGGGACUGGGGCCCGGCCAGGCUGGGUGGCUGGAAGGGGGCCGGACGGGGGGCGCCGGGGUGCGUGGGGGCGAGGGCCCCGGGGGCAGCACGGCCUACGUGGUGUGCGGGGUCAUCAGCUUCGCCCUGGCCGUGGGCGUUGGAGCCAAAGUGGCCUUCAGCAAGGCGUCGCGCGCACCCAGGGCGCACCGGGAGAUCAACGUGCCCAGGGCUCUGGUGGACAUUCUGAGGCACCAGGCGGGGCCCGGGACCCGCCCAGACCGGGCCCGAAGCAGCUCCCUGACCCCGGGGAUCGGGGUUGCUGACAGCAUGCCCCCCAGGACGCCCAAGAACCUCUACAGCACGGUGAAACCCUCCGACCUUGACUGGCGGGCCAUGCCCCCACCCAGCCCCUCCUUGCACUACUCCACACUGUCCUGCUCCCGGUCCUUCCACAACCUGUCGCACCUGCCCCCGUCCUACGAGGCCGCCGUGAAGUCGGAGCUGAGCCGGUACUCCUCCCUCAAGCGGCUGGCCGAGAAGGACCUGGACGAGGCCUACCUGAACCGCAGGCACCUGGCUGAGAUACCCCGAGGGACGCUGCCGCUGCACGCACUGCGGCGGCCGGGCACCGGGGGCGGCUACCGCACGGACGCCUGGGGCAGCCCGGAGGAGCUGGGCCUGGCACCCGCGCCUAACCCGCGGCGGGUCAUGUCCCAGGAACACCUGCUGGGCGACGGCCGCGCCUCGCGCUACGAGUUCACACUGCCGCGCGCGCGCCUCGUGUCGCAGGAGCACCUGCUGCUCUCGUCGCCCGAGGCCCUGCGCCAGAGUCGCGAACACCUGCUGUCGCCUCCGCGGAGCCCCGCGCUGCCCCCCGAGCCCACCGCCCGGGCCAGCCUGGCCGCCUCGCACACCAACCUGCUUCUGGGGCCUGGGGGGCCUCCCACGCCGCUUCACGGGCUGCCGCCGCCGGGCCUGCACGCUCACCACCAUCACGCCCUGCACGGCUCGCCUCAGCCCGCCUGGAUGGCGGACGCCGGCGGGGGUGGGGGCACGCUGGCCCGCAGGCCGCCCUUCCAGCGCCAGGGCACGCUGGAGCAGCUGCAGUUCAUCCCAGGCCACCACCUGCCCCAGCACCUGCGCACCGCCAGCAAGAACGAGGUGACGGUCUGA